CCAUCCCAACGGCCAAUAGCAAGAACAUCACGUAUAAGCACGCAAAUCUCAUCAUUGAAACAAUGAUAGAAACAAUAUACAUCGUCCGACACGCAUUUCGCUCAAACUGGGAUGUGAAUCCUCAGACAGGCGUGUAUACAGCGAACACACGGACCCCGACUGGAAUUCCAACGGACCCAGCGCUUGCAGCACACGGUGUAGCACAAGCUGCGGAACUUGCCGAGUACCUGUGUGCCAUCGAACCACCGGUUGAUCGGAUUUACUCAAGCCCGUUUUAUCGGUGUUUGCAGACACUUAAGCCGACGACCGAGAGACUAUUCAAGGAGGGCAGUGGAGGCCGCAAAAUUAGGAUAGAUCGCGGUGUUGGCGAGUUCUUUGGGCGGGCCGACUUUGAGCAUCCAGCUCCUCCGAGCAUUGAGAUCCUGAACAAGCACUUUCGAGACCUCGAUCAAGACUACGUCUCUGUACACAUUCCGCCCGCUAACGGGGAGUGGCUCAGCGAGCUCCAUCAGCGCGUCACUAGGGCUCUGACCAAAAUCGUCACUGACCUCGACCAUGACCCCGAGCAGCCCAAGACUCUUCUUAUUUGCACCCAUGCAGCUACAAUGAUUGCCGCCGGUCGCGCUCUAACCGGGAAGAUACCGGCUGAUCUCAAUGAGGACGACUUUCAGUGUUACACCGCCUCCUUAUCAAAAUAUGUGCGGAGAGGCUUUGAGCUUGAGAAAGGCGUGGCGGGUAACUGGGACUGCGUCCUCAAUUCGGAGACUGGCUAUCUUUCAGGUGGCGCAGAAAGAGGAUGGAAAUUCAACGGCGAGGAAAGCUUCGUCGGUUUUCCCGAGGACGCUCAACGGGAAGGUGAGUCACCAAAGCUUUAGUGCUCUUUCAAACCGAGCGCUCCGGCAUGGCAUGGCAUCUUUGGAGUAUAAUAUUGUGGCAUCUCUAGCGAGUGCAUCGAGGAGAUCACUACUUGGUGGAAGGCUCUCUACACAACCUGUCAUGCAUUUGGACAGCAAAGUCGGUUCCCCAGCAUCGUCUGCCAAAUAUCACAGCUUGCGGCCGACUGCCGGUUACAACCGUGCAUUUCAACCCAC